AGUCACUUGGAACAUCAUAGUACCAUGACUUCUCAUAAACCACGACAAUCAAACAAAGAAAAUUUUCCAGUUACUUGUUUGUCUACAAUAUUCGGAAUAAGACCUGCUAGAUUAUGUAAAACAUUAUGGAUUGGUUAUAUCUACAUGUUAAUUGUUAUAAUAUUGUAUUAUGUACUGUUUUACUCUACAAUGGAUUAUGCAAAGGAACUUUAUAAUAUUAUGGAAUGUGUUUCAUUUACCGCAAUUAGAGUGCGAAAAAUAAGUACUAUUUUUAAUAUAUUCUUUUUGCCUCUGAUGAUAAUUUCAAGUGCAAUAAACUUCAAUAAAGUCAGAAAUUCACGUUUGGAUUUAAAUGAACUCGAUCAAAAACUUCAACUAUUCAAUUCAAAUAUAUAUUGUGCAAAAUCCAUGUGGAAAAAUAGCCUUUAUGUAUGUGGAAUUUUGUUAUUCACAAAUAUAAUGGGAUUGGCAGAAUAUUAUAAUUUAAAAAAUGCAAACAGUAAUUAUAUGUAUAAUUUGAUGUGGCUUUCGAAUAUAUUCCCUCAAAUUGUCAAUAGUGUUGCAAUAUCAGGAUUUGUGGUGAUCGUUGCUGAUGUUACCAGACGAUAUCAGCUGAUGAAUGAAAUUAUUUUAGAUCUAAGAGUAAUAAAAAAAGAAGUUUCUGCUCUUUCACAAGACGUCAACAAUGUAUUUCAGUUCAAACUUCUCAAACAAUGCUACGUAAUAUUUAGCAAUAUUAUUAUAAAAAUAAAUGAAGCUUAUGGAUUUAUUAUAUUACUGACAAUAAUAAUAUGUUGCUUUGGUAUGUGUGCUCAUCUUCUUGUUGUUGUUCAAACUUUUGGAGAUAAGUCGUAUCUAGUUGACUUCACUAUCGAUCUACUUUGGACAUUUUUUUAUUUCGGAAAGUUGGCAUAUAUAGUCAAUAUUUGCCAUCAUUUUCAACUUGAGGGAAAGCGUGCCAGCAAAAUACUACACGAAUACAAAGUGGACUCCGAUAAUCAUUUGCUUAAGCAAGAGUCUGAGUCAUUUGCACACCAAGUCCGAAAUGUUGAUGUUCAAAUCACCGCUUGCAAUUUCUUCAAUAUCGACUAUCCACUACUGUGUAAGGUUGUCCUCGGUAUGACGGCCUACGUCUUCUUCCUGUCGCAAUUCACUCGUAGAACUCAAUAAGAUAAACACCAACGCUAUCUUAUAGUGUAGGUGAACAAAAGUCAUCAAGAGUUAUAGCAAUCAAUCCAACUGGAUCAUCAAGAAUGCCAUUGUUCAAUAAAUAAAUUUUCAACAUUUUAAUUAUGUAAUUUCCAGUAUGACCCGAAUUAUUUGCACGACAGUAGGACAUUUGAGAAAUUCAACUGAUGAGUAUUGUUGCCAUUAAAAUUAUUUUUAUCCUUCCUUAUGUACACAUUUAAGAAUAAUGUGUUUAUUGCACGCGAGAACCUUUUAAUUUCUCACUACCCACCAAAUAAUUUACCAAAAAAACCGGUCCGACGUGAUAUGUAAGUGACUUGAGCAAUUUUUUUUCAUGACAAUGGGGAAAGGAUUUUUUAGACGAAAAAUAUAUAUCGGUGCACAAAAAUUCACAGUCAACAAGCGACAGCGGCGAGCCAUCAAAAGACUCUACUUCUUUAACGAGUUCUCCUCACAAGAUAAGAGAUCUUAAACUAAUAGCUCACUCUUUGCGUAAUGGAUACUCUCGUUUUCAACUUUUUCCCUUUACCACAAACAUUAACAAAUGAA